UGUGUCAGUUUUUCUCAUAACCCCUGACUGAGGGCUGAGGCCAGUAGAGACUUUAGAGACACACACAUUAAAGCCCAUUUUGGUUACAGAGACUUGACAAUGAUUUCUAUCAAACGUUCCUAUCUUGCUGUUCAAAUGUCUUGUUCUUUGCAUUUAAUUUGUCUAGGCAUCCAUAAACCUUACAAGAUGGACAUCUAAUGACCUCCGCUGGAGAUAAUGUAGACAAUCAUAUCAGCAAACAUACACAUAAACAUAAACCUCCCGCAGUCCUCAGACAGUUUCGGUUGCUGCAGUUCUGCAGAUUGUUCCUGGUAUGACAUCAUGCAGUGUUGGUCUACAUAUCAUUCAGACUUUUGGCAGGAGCCCCCAGUUCUCCGACCGAGGCUCGUUCUUGCCCCUCCAAGAUGGAGGCCUUAGGGGGCUACCCUACCAAGUCCUCCAACCCCAAAGCGAAGAAGUUAACGGUCCUGCUGAGCAUGACAGUCGGUGUGGGCUGUUUGUUCCUGCUGCAGACACAGCUGGUGAAGCCCAGAAAACCAGAGGAUUUUUAUUCCUUCGAGGUCAAAGACGCGAAGGGGAGGACGGUCUCUCUGGAGAAGUACCGAGGAAAAGCGUCUUUGGUUGUAAACGUGGCGAGUCACAGCGAGCAGACGGAGGCGAACUACAUGUUUCUGCAGGAGCUCCACCGGGAGCUGGGCACCUCUCACUUCAACGUCCUGGCCUUCCCCUGCGGCCAGUUCGGGGACACAGAGACCGGGACCAGCCGGGACAUCGAGGCUUUCGCAAAGUCCACAUACGGCGUCACCUUCCCCUUCUUCAGCAGGAUCAAAAUAAUGGGCUCAGAGGCGGACCCUGCCUUCAAAUUCCUCACAGAUUCUGUGAAGAAAAUCCCAAAGUGGAACUUCUGGAAGUUUCUGGUGAAUCCUGAGGGGAAAGUGGUCCGGUUCUGGCGGACGGACGAGCCCAUGGAGAGUGUUCGUCAGGAGGCCACGGCGCUGGUGCGAGAAAUCAUCCUCAAGAAACGGGUGGAGCUAUGAUGGAGCCUGUCGAUAGAUGCCGGUGGACACGUCCGUGUUACGCCGGUGUUUCCUGUGCUUUGACAGCAGAGGAAUGACUGGACUCUGAACUGUCGCAAGCGAGUGUGGUUGGGUGAUGUCUCUCGCUCCAGAAACACGUAGGGUGAAAAGAUCCACUAGUUUGGGCCACAAAGGCAAUGGAAGUCACAUUGGAGGCUAGUCAGAUUGUAUGUGCAUUUGUGAGAGUAUGUGUUUGUCUGUAUGUGUGGGGACCAUCCUGUGAUUGAUACUGACAGUCAUAAGGAACAUAAUGACCACUGCUGCAGCUGAAGGAUUGUUUAGCCAUUGAAGUGUUGGAUUUUUACAAAUGUUCAGUUUUUUGGCUUAGUCUGUGCUUUGUACCAUCUAUUUCUAAUGUUUACAUUAAAGUCUAUUUCUUACGGUGAAGCAUAUCAAUUUGGCCCAUUUUGACUGAUUUGAAUCUUGAAUAUUUUGAAAACAUCCAUUCAAGAAUAAAAUGAUUUCAUAAUUA